AUGAGGACUAUUCAAAAUGGGCCGGUGGUCAACCUUCAGUACCUACCAGUGGAACGCCUAUUAGUCGGAUCUUCAAUCUUCAACAAGCUUGGCUCAACGGUCAACCCCAUGCCAUUAGUUAACACGGAAACUCAUUUGAAUUCGAUGAAAGGAAGGCUCUUCGCUGGAUCUCAACCUAUUGGGGAUGAUGUUUGGAGAUCCCUUAGACUCCCGGAUGAGGACAUGGGAGACAUUGCAAUCAAUGAAUUACGAAUGGUUAUUUCUGUGUUCGAGUACUUGAACGCUGAGUUUGUUAAUCGCCACCUUCUUACCACACAUGGUGGCGUUCAGUACGAAUUCGGUAUAUUCCAAACGGCCGUCAACAAAGUGUACGGACAAAGAGACUUCAACGCCCCUAGGCUGUGGAGAAACUUCAUGCAGAAUUUCAUGUCACGUAUGGCUCAAUGGGUCUCAACUUGGGUUAAUACGCGUAUUGAUGAGCUGUUGGUCACAUGGCGACAGGUGCAGAAUGCAGCUGCCUCGGGCUCAAAUGCACACAAUAUAGCAACAACCUACAUUACUCAGCUCGAACAGCUCAGGGAGCAAGUAAGAAUAAGAGCUGUUUUCGAUGCCUCGGCCUUUAUUUAUAUGGGCGGUACCGGAUCCUAG